UGUGUGUGUGUGUGUGUGUGUGUGUGUGUGUGUGUGUGUGUCCUCCUCGUCUAAUAUCCUACAUACCAGCUAUACCUCCGCCAACAGGGAAGAGGUUACUUAUACAGAGUAAUGAGGCUCGCUGCUAAAUCAUUUAAGGUUAACUUUCAUAUAGGAGGGGAUUGAGCAGUGCCACUAAUCUUUGGCCCGACAUGAAGCCCCGUGAACUCUUGCUUUAGUGUAUAAAUAACCUAAAUGUAUAUUUGUAGGACAAAGCGAUAGCGGAGCCCGUUUGUCGCCUGUUGGAGACGACCCUGCGCAGCACCCACCUGCCCAGCCGCAUGGGAGCUCUGCAUGGAGUGCUGUAUGUGUUGGAGUGUGACCUGCUGGACGACACGGCCAAACAGCUCAUCCCCACCGUCUCCGAGUACCUGCUGUCCAACCUCAGGGCCAUCGCUCACUGUGUGAACCUGCACAACCAGCAGCAUGUGUUGGUGAUGUGUGCCGUGGCCUUCUACAUGAUGGAGAACUACCCUCUGGAUGUAGGAGCCGAGUUUAUGGCUGGAAUCAUACAGCUGUGUGGUGUGAUGGUGUCGGCCAGCGAGGACUCCACUCCCUCCGUCAUCUAUCAUUGUGUGCUGCGCGGUCUGGAGCGCCUCCUGCUGUCGGAGCAGUUGUCCCGGGUGGACGGAGAAGCGCUGGUCAAACUCAGCGUGGACAGAGUCAACAUGCCGUCGCCACACAGAGCCAUGGCCGCCCUGGGCCUCAUGCUCACCUGCAUGUACACCGCGGUGCUUGCGUCGGGUUCAGGCGUGACAGGGGUUAGAGGUCAGGUUGACUCUGGCUCUGCCGCGGCAGAGGCGGUGGGCGUCACGGCCGGUCAUGUUGGUUUCUCCUCAGGAAAGGAGAAAGCCAGCCCUGCCAGUCGCCCUGCCCACUCCGACCCCCAGGCCCCAGACAGCGAGUCCAUCAUCGUGGCCAUGGAGAGGGUCUCUGUUCUCUUCGACAGGAUCCGAAAAGGUUUACCCAGCGAAGCUCGGGUGGUGUCCAGGAUUCUGCCCCAGUUUUUGGACGACUUCUUCCCGCCACAGGACGUCAUGAACAAAGUCAUCGGAGAGUUCCUGUCCAAUCAGCAGCCGUACCCUCAGUUCAUGGCCGCUGUCGUCUACAAGGUUUUCCAGACCCUCCAUGCCACAGGCCAGUCCUCUAUGGUGCGAGACUGGGUGCUGCUCUCCUUGUCCAACUUCACUCAGAGGACACCGGUGGCCAUGGCCAUGUGGAGCCUCUCCUGUUUCUUUGUCUCUGCUUCCACCUCCCAGUGGAUCUCAGCCCUACUGCCACACGUGAUCAGCCGAAUGGGCUCCAGUGAGGUGGUGGACGUCAACCUGUUCUGCCUGGUGGCCAUGGAUUUCUACCGGCACCAGAUCGACGAGGAGCUGGACCGGAGGGCUUUCCAGUCCGUCUUUGAGACGGUGGCCUCGCCAGGCAGCCCUUAUUACCAGCUGCUGGGCUGUCUGCAGUCGAUCCACCAGGACACAUCGCUCUGAGGGCGACGGACCGGGAAGGACACGAAGGCACACAGAGAGAGAGAGGGGGGGGGGAAAUGAGAAAUGUGGUAGGGCGAGAAAUGCUCAUGGCCGUACACCUCCUCCUUGAGUUGCAAUGAAGGGGAAAAACAGAAUGUUUCAUUAGAAAGAUCUACUGUAGCCUCCCCCCUCUCCCUCCUCUACACUGAUGUGAAACGAGUAGAACCACUGAAGGCACCACGAUGAAGAGAAACGAGGAGAUCUGACCCCGGGUCAGUUUUAGGGCGUAUGUUAAAGGUCUGCACCUACAUUAAGGACACUGGCUGCAAAACCUCCAAACUGUGGCUCUUCCACAGAC